AUGUUAAAUGAUAAUCGAGGAUCAGAUUGUAUAAAACGUCAAUCUUAUCGUCGUACUUUAUUAUGUUAUUCAACAUUAUGUUUAUUUUUAUUUUUAAUAUUAUUUUUACUCUUAAGUCAAGUAUUUCAUUAUCGUUAUAUUCAUAUUGAAAAUAAUUUAAAUAAAUCAAUAUCAUUAAAUCUAAUGAAAUUUCGUUCAUCAUUAAUUAAAUGUGGUCAAUCUGUUGUUGAAAAAGAUAAUAUUUAUCAAAUACUUGAACAAUUAACUGAAAUAAUGAAAAAUCUUGCUAUCAAACAAAAGAAUAAACAAAUAAUUAAUAUAGAUGAACAAUUAGAUGGAAAAUUUAUCAAAGAAGAUAUUAUUAUUUGGUUAGAAUUUAUUUUAGCAGAAUGUUUUCAAGCAAGACAAUUUUCAAUAAUUGAACAAAAAAAACCAACCAUUAUUAGACAAAUUAUUUCCUAUUUACGAAAAGAAUUUUUAUACAUAGCCGGAUUUUUUAUUAAAGAAACGUAA